GUCGCCAUUGUUUUCACCAGUGGCAACAUGAUUGGCCCCAUGUUUGUAGGUAUGACGGCGCAACAUCUCUUCCACUACAAGCUGAACAGCGAGGGUAUCGAGAAUAUGCCGACAGAGGUACGGCUGCACAAUGCUGAGGCCUUGGGCAAGUCUCUGUGCAUCACGUCAACGAUUCCAUGCACCAUCUCGGCCAUCAUUUUCUCCACGUACCUUGGCAACUUGGGCCUGGGCCCGGAUGAAAUCCAUGGCUUGAGGCUGUUGUAA